AUGGUAUCCCCCAGAACUGUAACUAUUGUGGCCUUCUCAGUGGCCCUUGAACUCUUCUUUGUUUUCAUGGGGACUAUCAAGUUGACCCCCAGGCUCAGCAAGGAUGCCUACAGUGAGAUGAAAUGUGCUUACAAGAGCUAUGUCAGAGCCCUUCCUCUGUUGAAGAAAAUGAGCAUUAAUUCCAUUCUUCUCCAAAAAAGCAUUGGUGCCCUUGAAGUAACCUGUGGCAUUGUUUUCACCCUUUUUCCUGGACAUCCCAAAGAUGUGGCCAACUUCUGCCUACUUUCACUGGUAUUGGUUGUGCUAUUCUUCCACCAGCUGGUUGGUGAUCCUCUCAAGCACUAUGCCCAUGCUCUGGUGUUUGGAAUUCUACUUACCUGCUGCCUGCUUAUUGCCCAAAAGCCUGAAGAUUGGUCUUCUGAGAAGAAGCCUUUGCCAGGAAAUGCUGAGGAAGGUAAAUGCAAAGUGAAGGUAUCAUAG